AUGCGCAUCCUUUUUGCGCUCCUGGCUUUUGCCACCUCCAUGCGGGUUGAAGUCUUCAACCAGACACAGCUUCCAAAAGGAGGGAAAGGCGAGAAAUGCAGCUGCAACAAGGAUCCUGUGGCCAAGCAAGACUGCUGCGCAGCAGGUCUUGUAUGCAGCAAGCUUCGCAAAUGUCAGCCUGCCCUAGGGUCUCCCUGUGAAAAGAGCGCCUUCCACAAGGUCUUUGGAGGCAGCGAGUGCUCAAGCAGCAGCUAUCAAGAACGGCACUCCAAACGAAAGAUCAUCUGCCAGCCAAAGCCAGAGGGCAAGUCGGUGUGCUGCGUGAAGAAGGGGUCAGUGUAUCCGGCCUGGAUCCCUGAUGGGGAAGGAAGUUUCUCCCUGUGCUGCAGUGGCAGAGGCUACAUGCGCGACACUGCGGAUGCCGGGAAAGCCUUCCUCGAUUUGGCCAAAGACACUAGUGAGCAUGUGUGCUAUGAGGACUGA